UCCAACAACAAACAAAACAAUCAACGAAGAACAAAAAAUAAAUCAGAACCCAAUCGCCGGAGACGCCGUCGUUUCGACGCCGGUGCUCCGUCUUAACUUUUUUUCACCGGAGAUAUUUAAAAAAAAAAAAUCAAAAAAUGAAACGGAAAGGAUUCGGCUUUUCUCUCCCCGUCACGGCGGUGAUCUUAGUGAUCGGUUUCAUCUACUUCUCAACGGUCUUCACCUUCAUCGAUCGCUGGCUCAGCCUCGCCUCCUCUCCCGGAAUCGCCAACGCAGCGGCGUUCACCGCCUUGGCUCUGAUGUGUGUCUACAACUACUCCAUCGCGGUUUUCAGAGAUCCGGGUCGGGUCCCGCCCAAUUACAUGCCCGACGUCGAAGAUCCGCAGAGUCCUGUCCACGAGAUUAAACGAAAGGGAGGAGAUUUGAGGUAUUGCCAAAAGUGUUCGCAUUUCAAACCUCCACGCGCUCACCAUUGCCGAGUUUGCAAACGAUGUGUGCUUAGAAUGGACCACCAUUGUAUUUGGAUCAACAACUGUGUGGGACACACUAACUACAAGGUCUUCUUCGUGUUUGUUGUCUAUGCGAUGACUGCGUGUGUGUACUCUCUGGUUUUGCUUGUGGGAAGCCUUACUGUUGAACCUCAAGAUGAAGACCAAGAGAUGGGAAGCUAUCUAAGAACUAUAUAUGUGAUUUCAGGUUUGGUUCUUGUCCCUUUGAGCAUUGCGUUAGGUGUUCUUCUCGGUUGGCACGUUUACCUCAGUUUACAAAACAAGACAACCAUCGAGGUUUACCACGAAGGGGUGAGAGCUAUGUGGUUAGCGGAGAAAGGUGGGCAAGUCUAUAAGCAUCCAUAUGACAUAGGCGCUUAUGAAAACCUUACCUUGAUUUUGGGUCCGAACAUACUUUCUUGGCUCUGUCCUACAUCAAAGCAUAUCGGUUCUGGUCUGCGUUUCCGUACAGCUUUUGAUUCAGCACCUGUUUCUUCUGGAACGAAACCUUGAGCCCAUGACACGAAUCAUAUUUUACCAAUUUUUUUUUUGUUGAAAAGGCAGCAAGAUGUUCAACUUCACGUCACUCUGACUGAUCAUGUUCAGGCGGUUUAGCUGCCUCAGCUCAAAAAACCAAGACCAAUAGUAGAGACUGUUUGCCAAGGAUCUCUCAUCAUUAUUUCAUCUGUUUUUCUUCAGAUUCCUCAAAAGGAGAAGGAAGUUAGGGUUGUGGAUACAUAACUCAAACUGUGAUUAGACUUAUUAUACGUACCAAUUAACAAGGUGAAAAGACACAUCUUUGUAAUAUUCAUAAAUUCUAAUCAGAAUCAGACAGUUCCGAGUA